AUGGGAAAACCUCCAUUGUUUUUCUCAAAUUUAUGCAUCCGGAAAAGUCCCAACCCCGUUCAAAAUACUAAUCCCCAAAACCGAUUCCGAAACCGAAGUUUCUGUAAUGACAAAAUUGAUGGACAAUGUGAAGAAUUUGGAAAGAAUUUGCAGAACACAGAUGUAGUUUUUGCUCAAGAGAUCUCCAAUGUUAUUCAGACCCGGCCCAGGUGGGAACAAACGCUUUUAUCUGAUAUUCCGGGUGUGAAUUUCGUGGAUCCUAAUGUUUAUAACGAAGUACUGAAGCAGCAGAAAAAUGUGUUGUUAUCGGUCCGAUUCUAUUAUUGGGUCGGGUCUCAAAAUGGAUUCUCUCCGGAUCCUGUUUCGUGUAACAUGAUUUUUAGUAGGCUUGUGGAGGCCAAGGCUGCAAUAGCCGCAAAGAGUUUUCUUGAAGAAACUAAGUUUGAACCAGAACCGGGGUGUUUGGAGUCCUAUAUUGGGUGUCUUUUUGAAAACGGGUUGGUUGAGGAAGCCUUAGAUGUGUUCGAACGACUGAAAAUGGCAGGCCAUUCUGUGUCGUUGAAGACAUGGAAUUCAGCUAUGCUACAGUCAGUCAAAGCAAAAAGAGUCGAAAUCGUGUGGAAAUUGUAUAGUGACAUGCUGGAAAGGGAAGUUGUUGGUGAUGUGGAUACAAUUGGAUACUUAGUCCAAGCUUUUUGUAUUGAAAACAAAGUUGCAGAAGGCCACAAGCUUCUUCAACAAGUUUUGGAGGUGGGGCAUGUUCCAAGCAAUUCUGCAUUCAAUAAGUUGAUAUCUGCAUUUUGCAAGAGUGGUGAUUAUGCCAAAGUGUCUGCUCUUCUUCAUACCAUGAUUGCGAAGAAUUGUUCUCCUGAUAUACACACAUAUCAGGAAGUUAUUCACGGUUUAUGCAAAAGACGAAUGAGGCAUGAAGCUCUUCGAAUUUUUAAUACUCUGAAGGAUAGAGGGUACUUUCCAGAUCAGGUCAUGUAUACAACAAUGAUUCACGGUCUUUGUAAAAUGAAAUGGCUUGGAGAUGCUCGGAAAUUGUGGUUUGAGAUGAUUAAUAAGGGAAUCUUUCCCAAUGAGCAUACAUAUAAUGUCUUAAUUAAUGGGUUGUGGAGGACUGGUAAUACUGAGGAAGCUGAGAAGCUUUACAAGAAUAUGUGUGAAAGAGGUUAUGGAGAAUUUAUUGUGAGUUACAAUACCAUGAUUAAUGGCCUUUGCUUAAAUGGAAAAUUAGAUGAAGCCCAUGUCUUGUUCGACCAAAUGGCUGAGAAAGGUAUUGUUCCCGACACGAUCACUUAUAAUUCUCUGAUUCAAGGCUUCAGCAAGAGAGGGAAGAUAUCAGAGGGUAGAUACUUUCUUGAUCAGCUUCUAAAGCAGGGUUUGCAGCCUUCAACUGCAUCGUAUACUGUGUUAAUCGAAAAACUUUGUGAGGCUGGAAAUGUGGGGGAAGCAAAAGCAUUCUGGAAAGAUAUGGUAGAUAGGGGUGUGGAACCUGCAGUUUCCGCUCAUGAUGCAAUGAUACUUGGAUUGUGUGAGCAAGGAAAUGUUGCAGAAGGGAUGGAGUGGUUAGGCACUAUGCUUAAGAGCAGGCUCAAACCACAGAAGCAGACAUUUGAGAGACUUGUUCAAUGUUUAUCUAAGGCUGAUAAGUUGAGUGAUGCUUUAUUUGUUUUAGAUUAUAUGCUGAAAAUGGGUUUUGAAGUAAGUGAAUAUAUUUUCCUUUCUUUGGUAAAGAAACUUUGCCAAGAUAAUUCUUCUCAUUUUGAGAUGUGUUUUGGGAGAAUUCUGGAAAGAAGUAGAGGUUCUUGA